GUGACAAGUAAAGAAGUGGAAAGAGAUAAUAAAACAAUUUUUCUAAAAAAUGUAAUUAAAUUUAAAUAAAAAAUUGAAUUAUUGACAGUGGAUGUGGUUUAAAUAAUUAAAAAUUAUUUUUGUUUAUUUAUUGAAAAGUGUUACAUUUGAAUGUAAUGUCAACAAAAAAAAAAUACAUAAAAAAACAUAAACAAUAAUAUUUUGAAUAAUGGGAGAUCACAAAAGCUUAACGGAAAAUAUAGACAUUUUUCCAAUUUAUAAAUCCUGGGAACUAUGUGAUGAAACGUGUGACAUUCUUUUAAAUUUUGGAAUUACAUCAACAACCAUAUUAAAAAAAAUGGAAAUUGAAGACGUUGAAAAUUUAUUCAAGAAACUGGACAAACAAUAUACUGGGGAGUUGAUUAAAUUUAAAACAGGCCUAAGGGAAUGGAGAAGAAAUAUUAACCUACCGUUCAUAUGUGAAAAAGAAACUUUAUCGGCAAAUAGUCGGAUAUUGGAUUGGUUGGAAAAAAUUUCAGAGAAACUCAGUAACUCAGGAUAUUCUGACUGCCCACUCAGUACACAAACGUCAGGAGACAAUUCUAUAUGUGGUACUAGCCUUACAAACCUCCUUAGAAAUACCGUGAAAGGACAGCUAGUACUAACUUUUAAUGAAAAAAAUAAUUAUCUUGACUCAAAAAAUCAGAAGACUUUAGUGCACUGUAUUAUUGAGAAAUAUAUUGGCACAAGAUCCAAAUUAACAUACGCAGAAAUGCAGCAAUGGUCUUAUGCUAUCUGUGAUGUAUUUCCUAAAGAAAAACCGGAAACAUACUUUUUGAAACGGAAAGACGGGAAGAAAAAUCCAACAGGAAAAUUAUUUUCUCGAUGGACUAAUGUUGAAAAAGGAAAAUUCGAUGACUAUAGUGGCAGUACUGUGGAGGAAACUUUUAAAGAUUUUGAUAGCGAUAAAUAUUUCGAGCAAAAGUGCUGGCUGCAGCACAAUUGCAGUCCAAGGGAUCAGGUACUUUCAUUCUGGAGGGAAACAAGGAAAAUUAGAAUGGAUGAGAUAAAAAAUGCCAGUUCUUUGACGAAUAUUUUUAAAGAAUGGCCACGAUACAAUGAUUUCUUGGGUUAUGAUCUUGUCGAUAUAGAUUUUGAUUUUUUGUGCCCAGACAAAGUAAAUAAGUUAUUCCUAAAGUUGGAAACUUUUUAUAAAAAGUUGGUUAAAGUCUUUGACAAUGAAAUUAAAGACCGUGCAUCAAGAGAAUUAUACCUACAAUAUCUACGGAAUGAAAAUAUUAAUAAAGAUUGUAAGUAUUGUAUAUGUACAAUACUGCUUCACGCUUUGUUACAGCCACAACGUCUUAAUAAAGAACAUAAGCCUUCGAUAGCCGAUGCUCAAACAGACUUCGUCACUUUAGUACCAACUCUUAAUGAUAUUGAACCAAGAAUCCUGCAAAUUGUUGAAAUGUAUGCAGAAAGAAAAGAAAGACUUCAGCCAAGAGUAAUGGUUGUUGGACCAGAUUUUUCCAAAAUCUCUGAUUUUUUCGUAUUUUGUGAUGGCCUAAAGUGGAAGUGUCCUUCUUACAUGAAAUGUAUAGACAUUAUUAUAAAGUUAUCCUACGUUUUUAAUACUGAAUAUUCCCCGAAAAGCAAGCAAGUAUGGUCAUUUUUAGAGCAGUAUUUUUUUGAUUUGAAGUCUGAGAAUUUUUCUUCUGUUGCAAAUUUAUUAAGCAAAUUACAGUAAUAUUACAUUCGUUUUUUCAAAAAUGACUUUACUUGCUUGCUUUAUUUGUACAAAAAGUUAUUCAACUUCAAAUGAUCUUAUAAAACAUUUAAAAUCAAUUCAUGGGACACCAGCAAUAUAUGAAUUUCGAUGCGUUCAACAAAACUGCGAUCAGAUUUUUCUUAAUAUAUAUAGAUACCAGAACCAUUUAAAAAAACAUAGUAAACAAUUUGUUAACUCAUCACUUUCGAGUUGUGAAACUGAAGCAAUUUCUGAAAAUCAACUACAACUUUUACCAAAUGUACCAGCUUUGACGAAUUCUGAAUCUAAUACAUUUUCUGACAAUCAAAUGCAACUUGUACAAAACUUCACUUCUUCCUAUCAAGAAUCAAUAAUAUCAUUUCUAUUAAAGCUUCACUCUAACAAAAAUUUUUCUCGUAAGGACAUAAUUGAUAUUCAAAAUUCAGUUACACAGUGUAUCACAACACCAGUUUAUAAUUUCAUAACAACA